UUACGCGCGCGGUGGGAAGCUAAAUAAUGUGGAUAUCUGACUCCUUCAUCCUCGCAGGGGGCCAAACGUCAGAGUAACGUUUAAAACGCAGAUAUCUUUCAUGUGCAUGAUGGUGUGAUUCAUUUCACUUGAGUUGUUGGGUUAAAGCACUCUGUCUUGAAGUCACUCUGCACCAUGACGAACUCAUGAGCGCUUAGUGUACAGGGGAUUUUUUGGAAAGCAGUCUCCCCCCAUCUGGAAAAGAAAGGUUUCAAACGCAGAUUUUCAAAACUCAACGAAAGCCCUUCAACAAGUAGCACUUUUGAACUCUGUCGAGAUGGCAAUGGCAUCGCUCCCGUGCGCUCUCUGCAUAAUAUGGAUAUUUCUGAUCUGUCAUUCGACGGGAACGAGAUAUAUUUACCAGUUUCCCGGCGUAACUGUUCAACGUGUCAGCUCGGAGCGGAGCGCGAGUACCGGUUCACCUCUCAGCGGAUCAAACACCCAGCCCAGGAACUGGUGCCAGUUUACAGUGUCGAGGACGGUGACAUGCCAGGUGCGCAAUGGGACAGAGACCACAGUGCAGAGAGUGUUCCAAGGCUGCCGCUGGCCAGGACCCUGCUCCAAACUCAUCAGGACCGUGGUCAGGCCGUCUUACAAAGUGGCCUAUCGGCAGGUCACUGCUCUGGAGUGGAGGUGCUGUCCUGGGUUUGCAGGAGAUCAAUGUCAAGUAGAGUGUAUGAACUGCACCGGCUUCACUAACAUGAACAGCAGACUGAACUACAUCGAGUCCAAGAUUAAACUGCUAGACGGGGCAGGUUCACCAUCACCAUCCUUCAACAACUCAACAGAGGUUUCCAGUGAUAACGAGGUGUACACCCCUAACCCCACCCCCAUAGGCCCUCCAUCCUACCUGGAGCCAGGAGGAAGAGGACCACCAGGGCCAAUCGGAUCACCAGGUAUUCCAGGCCCAGCUGGCGAGGCAGGGGUUCCAGGACAGACCGGACCGACAGGGCCAAUGGGAGAGCGAGGAAGACCAGGAGAGAUCGGUUUUCCAGGCCUCCCCGGACCUCCAGGCCCUCCAAGGCCACGUCACUCCUCUACCCAGCCGAGGGGUGACAUGUUCGGGUUCGACGAGCAGGAGGAAGCACCUCUUACUCCAGCUCUUCCUGAGUUCGUAGCCGGCCCUCCCGGUCCACCUGGUCCCCUUGGACCCCCAGGUCCCCCUGGACCAAUCGGACCAGCAGGAGUUCCAGGUCUCCCAGGGCGAGACGCAGAGGGAGGCCUCCAAGGCACGGCUGGGGACCCAGGGUCUAAAGGAGACACAGGGGAGAGGGGACCUCCAGGAUUAACAGGGGAGCAUGGCCAGCCUGGGCAGAAGGGGGAGCCAGGAGAGGGUUUACCUGAGGGGGGAACUGAGGGAGUGCAGCAGCUGAGGGAAGCUCUCAAGAUCCUGGCAGAGAGAGUUCUGAUUCUGGAACACAUGAUUGGCAUCCACGAGAGUCCAGUGGAGUCCGGCUCUGGACUGGAGAGCCAACCAGAUUCCUUCCCAUUUCCCGCCAUGAGGACCAGGAAGGCCGAGUUCACCAUCAAGACAGGACGACUUCAGCCUCUCCAACUGUCCUCCAAUCGUCAAGGAAACAAUCUGCCUAUAGAGGUGGUCAGACAGAGACGAGGUCUUUUUUAAGACACCGAUAAAUUUGAUUUUCUUUUUUUUAGGGGGGUAGAUCAGCUUUAAUAUUGCAGAUAGAUUGCACCUUCCGUCAAUGUAAUUGUCUGCAUCAUUUCCAAACCCCCAUUAAUAAAUAUAUAUAUACAGGGCAUUUGGAAAGUAGUCAGACCACCUGACUUUUUCCACAUUUUGUUACGUUACAGCCUUAUUCUAAAAUGUAUUUUUAAAUGUUUCCCCCUCAUUAAUCUACACACAAUAUCUCACAAUGACAAUGCGAAAACAGGCUUUUAAAAAUGUUUGCAAAUGUAUUACAAAUAAAAACUAUCACACAGGAAAUAAAAGAAAUAUUAUAAAACUCCUUGAACACAGAACACCCAGCUGGUGAUGGUGAUAUAACUGAGUAGAACAAUCCUUCUACACCAGACUGACAUCAUUACCUACAUCCUUCAUCCAUUUACAUAAGUAUUCAGACCCUUUACUCAAUACUUUCUUGAAGCACCUUUGGCAGCGAUUACAUCCUCGAG